AUGAAGUUUUCCUUGCCAUAUGUGGCCACAUUUCUCGGCGCUUUUGUUGCUGGAGCGUUUGCUGCAGACCCUGAAGCGUCCAAAGAUACCACUAGUCAAACAGUGACUCUUCAAUUUGCUGUAGAUUAUUCGAUUCCACACCUUCCCAACGUAGGUCCUCGUGACUUAGCGGAGGUUUACAACGGAGAAGAAUUUACCAUCGCGUACAGCUUCACGAACAACGAAGACAAGGACAUUAGCAUCGUCGGAGUGGGUGGAGCAUUCCAUGAUGUCAAGACUGGUGCUAUCAAAUCGAACUUGACUGCGUCGCCAAUUGAAGCCGUGACAGUGACGCCAGGUGAGUCUGGAUCUUUCAGUCACAAGGUCAGCUUGAAUCUCGUUCCUGAGGAGUACAUUUUGGUGCCUCAGCUCUUCAUUGCUUUUGACAAUGACUUGAAAUUGGUGCAAGCCAGAGGUCAAAGAACGGAGGUGAAAGAUGUGCCAAUUUCCGUCUUUGACCCUCAACUUCUUCUCUUGGAAGCCAUCUUAUUGGCCACCUUUGCGGGUCUUGGGUACGUUGCCUAUAAUAUCUGGGGUAAACGUUACUUCGAGGGCACCGCCUUAGUUAACAAACCUAAAAGAGGCGCUUCUCCCCCAGUUGCCACAGCCAAGUCUGUCGACUCUGAUUGGCUUCCUGAGGGCCACUUGAGACAAAAGAAGACCAAGAAAGCUAAUUAG